AUGGCAGACACCGCAUCGAGGCUUGAGAAAGGUAUAGUAUUGUCCCAAGUUAUCUGGACGCAAUCCCCUUCUCCUGACACAAUAGCAGAGCCCUCAGAGAAACAAAUCCUCUCUUUCGAGGACAGUGAUCCAGAGAAUCCCUACAAUUGGACGUUGGCAAGUCUUCCCAAAAUUCACCUCGACAACUAUACUCAUACUCCACCCACAGCGCAAGAAACUCUGGAUCCUCCUCAUCGGCAGCCUCCUCGUCUUCAACAGCACUCUCGGCGCCGCCCUCCCCAGUGGCGCCUCCCUCCAACUCCAACAGCAUUUCCACGUCACGAGCGAAUCUCAGCUUGUGCUCCCGAAUUCCAUCUACCUCGUUGGCUAUGUUCUCGGUCCACUCCUGUUCGCGCCUCAAACAGAGAACUACGGCCGACGAUGGAUCUUGAUCGGGACGUACAGUGCUUUUACGCUCUUUAUGAUGGCGGUGGCGUUGGCGCCGAAUUGGGGAGCUUUUGUUGGGUUUCGAUUCUUGGCUGGGUUAUUCGGGAAUACGCCGAUUAGUGUUACGGGAGGGUGAGUUCUUGUUGCAAUUGUCUUGAGCUGGGAAGUGUUGGGGGAAGAGACAACGCUAAUGAGAUUGAUUCUGUAGCCUAUAUGCCGAUGUCUUUGACAAUCCCGUUCACCGGGGGUGGGCUGUGGCGUGGUAUCUUGUUGGUGAGUGCGAUUUGAUUCUCACCUCUCCGGGACGACGCUGAUCUCAUCUGUGCAGUUGCUUCUCUCUCGAUCGGGGUACGUUGUGGCGUGUACAUACAACUUCGCUCAACUGAUCUCGCUCAAUUUAGCCCAUUCCUGGAGGCUGUCUCUCGGUGUUCAGCUGGCACUGGCCGUUCUGGUUCGGUUUCAUCCUCGCAGCAGUCUGUCUCGUCCCUCUGCUCUUCCUACCGGAGACAUUUGGACCGGUCAUCCUCGCCAAAAGAGCCAAAAAGCUACGAAAGGCUCAACGCGGCGCCAACAUUUACGGGGCUCUGGAACUCAAACACACUGGAGUCAAACAAUAUGUUACGAAGAUCGUAGGCCGGCCGCUGAAGUUCUUGACGACGGAGCCUAUUGUCACCGCCUCUUGCAUGUAUCUCUCGCUGAUAUACGGGAUCUUGUUUAUCUUCUUCCAGGCCUUUGACGUGAUUUUCCCGCGUAAGUCGACUGUUUGAUAUAAUUUGAGCGCAGUGACUAACUGCGCUUGACAGCGAUCUACAACUUCACACAGUGCGAGACGGGACUUGCAUUCAUACCUCGUAAGUCAUCCACAUCUAUACCGCUAUGCACAGUGGCUCAACCAGCUAUAGUUUGCAUCGGCAACUUCCUCGCACUUCCAAUCGUAAUCUGGUGGGAUCGCUAUCUACGAUCUGCGAAAAAGCGCCAAGCACCUUGGUCCUCCAAAGAAGAAUACCAACGCCUUCCACUCGCCUGCCUGGGAGGCCCCCUCUUUACAAUCGGAAUGUUCUGGCUGGGCUGGGGAGCAAUGUCCUCCGUCCCUUGGAUUGUACCCCUUCUCGGCGCUGUGCUGGUAGGGACCGGGUUCGUUCUGGUGUUCGUCGCACUCUUCAACUACCUCGUCGAUUCGUACAAGGUCUAUUCCGCAAGUGCUCUGGGAGCGACGAGCCUUUCCAGAAGCACGUUUGGCGUUGCUCUGCCUUUUGCGGCUAAGCCCAUGUACGAUACGCUGGGAGUCGCUUGGGCCUGUAGCUUGCUUGGCUUUUUGAGCUUGGUGAUGUGUGUGAUUCCGUUUGCUUUUAUUCGGUACGGAGAGCGGCUGCGGGCUAGUAGUCCCAUUUGUAAAGAGCUGGCAAGUCAGUCGAAUAACGACAGUGGAUCUCGACAGAAAGCAUAG